AUGGCGGAAUCAAAGCGUCUGCUGCAAAUCGUAAUAGUUAUUGCUAUACAUCAGUUUGUCAUCGUUGGAAGGAAUGCUCUAGUAUACUACAAAGAGGAAGAAUUAUUGGAAUGUCCGUACGGGUCGUAUCAAAUACAAUUCUCCUCCAACUGCACCGACGAGUGUCCACCUCACGCACCAUUCCAAGUGUAUAAUCUCUGUAUGGAUAUUUGCCCUAGCGGUAGAUCCUUUUCUUCCAACUGUUCGAAAGUUACUGAGCAGCCGAAGACAGCAAAACAAGACGAAGCAACACCCAUUCGAUGCCCAAAAGGAUUCUGUCCCCAUGACAGGCCAUAUUGCUUUGAUUAUCAGUGCUGGUCGGAUUGUCCCGAUGGAAUGAUUAGUGACGAGUAUACGUGCGUCUACAGUUGUUCAAAUAAGUCUGAACUCAUUUACAACGGCACAUGUCUGUCCGAAUGUCCUCAGCACCAUCCUUAUAAUGAGUCUGGUGUUUGCGUUUCCGAGUGUUCUACUUUAAACGUGCUUUACAGUAACUCAUGUGUUCGGGCCUGUCCUGUCGAAAUGUUUCGAUAUAACAGAACAUGUCAAUCAUCCUGCCCACGACAAGCACCUUAUGAUAUUGACGUUUUUAAUACGAAAUUCUGCUUGGAAUCAUGCCCAGAUUUUACUUCCAUUGAUCGAAAUGAAUGCAAAGUACAAUGUCCAAAGGGAGCUGAGUUCCUUUGGAACAAAACGUGCGUAAAAUCAUCCUGUCCUGACAGUAUGUUUUCCGAUGGUAUUUCUUGUUUAGACUCAUGCGACAAACACAUGUAUGUAUUUAAUUCCACUUGUGUCAAUAGGUGUCCUACAAAUCACAGUCUAUUAGAUGGCACGUCCAAGCCCUACUCCUGCAUUUCACAAUGUCGAACAUCGCAAGUUCUUGACGGCGAUCAUUGUGCUGCAGAAUGUUCAAGCGGCAAACUCAUGUUUAAUGGAACGUGUGUCACCCAGUGUCCAGAAUCUAAUCCGUUGGUAGUAAACCAAACGUGUCUCUCUCGGUGUCCAGAUAAUCUAUUCAAUGAUUCGGGAGUAUGUGUAGAUAAAUGCUCUAUAGGAUAUUAUGCCUACAACCAAUCCUGUGUUAGGGCAUGUCCGGAAACACACAAAUAUGUUUAUCGUGGGAAAUGUAAUAAUGACUGUUCCAUAUACAGCUUACUUCACUUCAACGAUUCAUGUAUCUCACGUUGCCCUCCUAAUCAGUAUAUCUUUAAUAAUACAUGCUUGGAAGUUUGUCCACUUUCGCAUCCUUUUUCUAAAGGGCAUUAUUGUGUUACAUCAUGCAAUGACCCUAUCUUUUAUUGGGCUGAAUGCAAAUGUUCAGGGAAUUUUCUCUCUUAUAAUUCCACAUGUGUUGAGAAAUGCCCAACGGAAAGUCCUUUUAUUAAUAAUCAAAAGUGUGUGACUCGAUGUCCAAAUUCCUUGGUAUCCUAUAACUACAGUUGUCAAAAGUUCUGUCCGGAAAGUGCCAAGUACAUUUAUGACGGAUUGUGCAACGAUACGUGUCCUUCUUCAUAUCCUUAUUAUGCAACAAAACAGAGAAAAGUUAAUGCUUACUAUUAUCAGAGAACAACAACUAUUGUCUCUGUCAAUUAUUGUGUUGACACAUGCACUGAGGUUAGUAAAAGUCCCGGGAAGUAUAUAUAUAAUAUGACGUGCGUUGAUCGUUGCCCAAACACAACUGUUUUAUCUGGAUUGAAUUGCAUUAACAAAUGUCCUUUUGACAAGCCAAAGACAUACAAGAAGGAGGACAAUGGAAAGUAUAUAUUAAUAUGUGUUGACGAUUGCCCCGGGACAACUUUCACAUGGGACAAUUUUUGCUUCGAUCAAUGUCCCAUAACAUUGGCGUCUUACUACCCAAACCGUCAAUGUUUAGAACUAUGUCCAAAGGAUCGUCGCUUCCGCUAUCGUUUUAAAACGAAUGGAAAUGAGGUUGCAUUCAAAUGCGAAUCCACAUGUGACAAAAACAUAUUCGAAAAUAACACUUGCGCUGAUGUUUGUCCUUCAGAAUCCCCAUUCCUGUCAGGACAAACCUGUGUCUCAGAAUGCCCUGCAUCACAAACCUUCAGAGAUGAAAGUGGUUAUCACUGCUUUGCAGCAUGCAAACCUCCUCUACUUCAACUGAAUCACACGUGUUACAACACCUGUCCUGCAAGUAAUCCGUUUGUGUUCAACAAUAGGUGUGUCGAAGAAUGUCCAGCAACCUUCAACCUAACAGCACCUUCUCCUCAAGGUCGGGCAUGCGUACAAGCAUGUAAACCACCGUUACUUAGGGAACACAAUCGAUGUAUACUGAGAUGUACGGAUAAAUUCAUUAUCGAGAAUGUGUGUGAAGAUGUUUCAGGUUGUCCCUCUGAAUACAGAUACAUUGACCUCUCUUCACGUGGGAAAUUCUGCCGAAAAGUAUGUCCUGAUAGCGAGUUUAUUUCCGGGGAAUUUACGUGUAUAAAAAAGUGCCCUAAAUUCGCUGUAGGAAACCAAUGUGUUGACAAGUGCCCAGAGACACACCCAUUUACAUUUAAACAUUCCUAUAGCAGAGAUACCACAAAAUGCUAUCGAGCCUGCCCAAAGCUUACAUUUGACAAAACCUGUGUUGAUUAUUGCCCCUCUUCGUACAUGGUUUUAGAAUCUAACAGCACAUGUGUGAAAGAAUGUCCACUAUCGGAUCCAAUAAAAACGUGGAACAGCUGUCUCAAGACUUGCUCUGGAACUAAAAUCCUUUCGUCGCAAAAUACGUGUAUAUACGAAUCCGAAUGCAGGUUUUCUAAAGGUCACCAUGUCUACGAAUCAAAAUGUGUUGAACUAUGCCCUCCUAGAACAUAUCUCGACAGUUAUAAUCAUUGCGUCCCCUUUCAAAUUGGUAUUGCUAUUGCCGUUAUAUUGUUGGGCUUAGCCGGCUUUAUCUGCUUGGCGGGAGCGUAUGCCAUUUCCCGAAGGACUAAAUGUCUCCUCAUUACAAGACCUAAAAAUAUGGAUGAAGAAGUGGGGAAUGCGGAUUCAGAUGAUGUUUCAACAAGACCAACAGUUCACCUUUCAUCCAGGGACAGUGAUAGCACAACAGUGGUACAGAAUAGGGCGAUUGUCGACGCGCAAGGUGAUACUGACACAGCACCACGUCUCCCACGACAGACUGUCGAGUUCGUUGAACUAGCCUCAUGUUUAGGGGAGGACGUGGAGGUGCUUUCACACACACCUGACGAUAGUGUUACCUUUGAUAUAAACAAUCAACAUAGACUAGAAAGUGUAGUUGAGGGAGACAUUUGUAACACUGAAGGCACAUUCGUCAAAGAAAUCCAUGUUAAGGACGUAUGA